AUGAGCACUGGUUCAGGUCCUGUUGACAAUGUGGACACACUGCCGUAUGACUACGGCGACCUCGCUGCUGUACUUCCGGAAAGCCCUCCUAGAAAAGCCCAAGCCGGCUCAGACGCCUGCUUUCUUGAACCUCCUUCUAAGGAAGGUUUGAUCGAAGUCCCUGAGAGCCCCACAGGAAGCACAGCCCCAACUGUUCAUUUCAGUCCUCCGCCGCCAGCCCUUUCAACCCCAUCCUGUCUUGGUAUGGAAGAUGGCAUUCCCUUUACACAGGCUAGCCCUCCGUCCACAAACAUGCCAAGAUUGAAGCGAGCACACCUUUUGCAAAUCGAAGAUCAAAAGCUUCCGGCUGCAUCUGAAGCUGCCAUGCCCCCGCCUAGCUUUACUCCACAGAAACCGGCUACACGUGGAAUGCCCCCCACACCGGUGAAGGCUCGCCCCGAGCCUGCGGAGCUGGGUGAUGCUGCACCAGAGGCAACAGUAAGCCAGUUGUCCGACAAGCCAGCUUCAGACAUGCUGACGCCUGAGCUGCUUCGGGCUCAGGACAUGGAGCAUGUUACCAGAGCUGAGCAGUUCGACAUGAAGGAUGCCGUUUCGCCAACUCGAAGGAAACCCAAAGCCAAAGCCAAAGCCAAGCAGGCAGCAACCUACAAAAGGCCAGCAGCGGCACUGAACCAGAAAGCAUCCGAGCCGAAACGUAAGCCAGGCAGACCCAAAAAGGCGCCACAGAUUGACAACACAAGCCAGCACCCAGAGCCGAAGGAGAUCCCAACUGAGCAAGAGGGAUCGGACAAGGAGGAGAAGGAGAAUCAGGAGCCCCAGCCAAAGGAGCAGCAGAGCAAAACAAAACCGAACCCCAAAGCUUCGCCUAAGGGCAAGGCGAAGGCAAAGUCCAAAGCCAAAGCAAAGGCCGCUGCAAAAGCCACGGCUGAGCCGCAAAGCAAGGGCAAACCCAGCAACAAGAGAAAGGCGGAUGAGGAAGCUUCCGGGAAAGAUGAUCGCGUUAAGAAGCCUCGGGCACCCAAGGGCACCCAAGACACCUUCGCCGGUCGGCGGGUACCCAAAACGGAUCCGUCCAGGGUUGCCUUCUAUGCUGUCAAGAAGGCUUUCGAGGGAAUUGCAGGAGAGCUACCCAAUCCAUCCACAUUGCAGGACCGAUUGCUCCACACGCACAAGUAG